UGCGUAAACAUUUAAUCGAACGGAAAAUACUGUCUCCUAAAAUCGCAUAAUGUGUUGUUCGAGUGUUAAAAGGUGUAAAAGUGAUACUCACGUGUUUGGAAGGACCCGUUUGUAGAAAGCAAAGAUCACUAGAUUGAAGGCACGCGCGGCGUGAGUUGCGCCAAAACAUCAUGUCCGUUGGGGUAACCGUGCACGAAAUCCGGCCACCGUCCCCGAUCGCGGACGGUAUCCGAAACCCGCUAGCCGAUCUGGAGAUGGCGCGGAAGACGGCCAACGAGAAGCUUCGAAUUCGUCGUUUAAUGCAGGUUCGGCAGCAGUCGAAAGAUCUUGCGGCAAAAGUACGUCAAGGAUAUCAGCAGGCCAAGGAGAAGGAGUUGGCAAAGAUCGAACAAACCAAGCAGGAAGAGAUGAAAGCGUGGAAACGACGGCAAAUCGCUCAGCUGCAGGAUGAGUAUGCGCGCUGUAUCGGUGAAGUCGGAGAAGCGCACAAAGCAGCCGAAGCGGCGGAAGAGUGUGCGGUGUGGUUCGAGGAAAAACGUGCCGCUCAGCAGGCCGUAGCUUUGGCACGGGGUCGCCAGGCUGAGGAAACGGUCGCACGUGAACGGUCACAACGGAAGGAAGCCGAUGCCAAGAAGAAACGGAAACCGUCGUAUGUCCCUUCGAAAUCGAUCGCUGUUCAGGCCGAGCUGCCCCCACUAGAGACCCAGUCGCAACCUGGGACUUCAAAACAAAAAACCGUUUCCUUACAAAUGCAGAAUGAUGGUGUUGGCGCCACACCUAGCACCCUCAGUCCAUAUGAACAGUUCCGUGCCACGAAGGGAAAGAGAAACCAUUUAGAGCAAAGACCUACAACAACAUUUGUUUCGUCAGAAUCAGAAUCGGAGGAUGAAGAAAUUUGCGAAGUAACGGGCAGGGCGGACAAAGAAAAUGUCCCCACCAGAGGUAAAAAUUACAGUGCGACGGACUUCACUUCCCCCAGUGGUAUUGGUCUAGUGCCGCCAGAGCCACCACCUCCACCGCCACAACGCCUGCAACCGUUUACACAAAUCUCUGACCUUAUUCAACAACGACGACAACGACAAGAGUGUGUAGAGGACUGUUACGGAGUGCAAGCGAAACCGGCGAGUGCGCUUUACUCGAGCUAUGGCACGCAUAAGGCCGUUCAGUUUGACGAUCUCAGUGAAAACAAUACUCUUUCCUUUCCCACGAGCUCAGUCAUGACCACGGCCGACGAUUAUCGUCAACCUAGUCCCGAUGAGCUGCCGAGAAAGGGUGUUCCAUUUGUGCGGCAACCGAUGGCCCGACCUUCGAAGGCAUUCGAAGCCCCAUGCGGUCUGAAACCGGUGGCGGAGAUUAAGAAGCGUGGCAAGGCCGUCCUACCGACGGAAACGACACGGUCUUCAUCCGUUUCAGGUGGUGCCAGCACGAAGGUGCAAUACUACGAUUGUAAUAAUCAUUUCCGUAAAGAGUAUGAUCAACCGAUUGGCUUUGUACGGCGCGAAGAACGGCGAGCCGAAGACCCGAAUGCAAUGGAGGAAGCAUCCCGCUACGAGAAACUGCAACAGGAGCUGGCCAGCGCACGGAGCCUUCCGAAAACAGAUCAUUUGAAGCCUGCGCUGGAGAAGCAACAGAUUCGGAAGGACUACGAAAAAUUAUCGAAUGAACUGGACCACCUAACGAGAGAGCAAAAGCGGCUAAAAAGCCUUGCCGUGCCAAGCAAAAGCCUUCCAACGGAAGCGACGAUCAAGCAGAAGGCAGCGGCCCGACAGCGUAAGGCAAAUGAAGCGAUUGAAAACUUGCUUCAACGGCGAACUCUCGUUACGUGCCCGAUGGUUCAUCAACCGAAGCCCGAACACCGAUUGCCCCCUGAACGGGCCUCUGUAGUGAAUGUGGCCGACAGUGGAAAGGUCGUCGGUAAUCGAGAUGUUUCCAGUGAUAGCUGCACCUCGAUCGUGUUGGGUAGUUUCGAUAGACCUGGCAUUCCACUGCCGACCGAGAAAGGGACUGCGGCUGCGGCAACCGAAUCGGUCGGGAUGGAUAAAAUCGGUCAAAUGAAGGCAUUGCUCGAGCAACUGAAUGAGCAACGGCGAGUGCUGAUGACUGAAAUCGAUCAAGCGAAAGCUGCGGAAUCAGAACCGAAGGCAAUCGAAGUAGAACAGUUAAAGCGACGCCAGGAGGAACUGACGGCUAGACAAGAGCUACUGCGACAAAGAGAACGCGAAGUGGAAGAACUUGGGCGACAGUUGCGUGAAAAGAUGGCUUUGCUUGUUGAGAACAAACGAAAAAGUGGCGAAAGCAAGGGCAAGAACAAACGGCAAGAACAGCAACCAUCCACCGCCAAACCGUACGCUGUUCACGUGGAAACGAAAGGAGCUAAAGAGCAGAUCGAAGUGGCCGUUGAACAACCUUCGAUCGGCAGCAGUACGCGAAGCAACGAUAGCAGCAGCGAGACGAGUGCAAUGGAACGGGCUGUAGGGAACGAGAUUCCGGUAAAAAUCAUCAUUACCGUCAAUGAGAAAACCACGAAACGGAAAAAGUCGCAAAAGAAAAAGUCACCGAAGGCGGUUCGAACAGAGGAAGUCGCUCCAGUGAAACCACCGGAAAAGCCGCUGCCAACGGCACCCUCUGUGGCAAUCGAGCAGCAAACACAAGCAACCGUCGGCAAACCGAUACCGGAAGAUGUGUCACUAGGUGGAUCUUCAACUACAUCGACCGUAUACCGAUCGUUGCCUCCCAAAAUUGGGAGCUUGAAGAUUCAAAAUAUCAUUCGUGAAACGACCGUGGAACGUGAGGCACCACAAUUCGCGGCACCAACUGCACCGACCGAUCGCGAGUCGACAGUUCCGCCACCACCGGGUAAACCGAAGCAUCAGCUGGGUAAAAGUAAAACAAAACGUGCGUCUACCGCUCGCCGGGGAACCACAUUCAAUCCACAGUUGAUGCAAUACAUCGUACGUUUGCUGGGUAUGUCACAUCAAUCGAUCGAUCAGCUGGGUGUUAGCUCGAGCACCGUUUCGACGCCCAACGCUUCCGUCGUGAAUGUGACCGCUAAUCGGAGCAGUGCGACAGCGGUUGUACACGGAUCGAACGACGAAGAUCAUGAGCGAACGGCUCGGUUGCGCAAAUUCAUCGAUGAAAAUUACAAUUUCCUGCAGGAAAUCGAUGAAACGUUACGCCGCAGUUCCGACCAGUCGACCGGUAGUACGAUCGAUGGUAGUGAUCGCACCGAUGCUUCUAUCGCGAAUCAUGACGUGAGCCAUGUAGAGGAUGUGUGGAUGACUACAUUGAGACGGCGAGAGCGUGCAAUGCAAGCGAAUAGAAAGAAGGAGAGAGUUGAUAAGAAAGAACCGAAAACGAAAAAAUCCACAGGACUGGUUUCUCACGGUAUUGCUAGUGAUUCAACGCCGACCAUGCCACCACCAUCAGCGAACCAAACAACACAUCAUCAACCAGAACAGCGACAACUGCGCCAACCGAAACAAAGCAAUGGCCCAACGGUCAAAGAAAGCUCUCUGAAAUCGAUUUUGAAAUCCCCCAAGCGAGAAGUGUCACCAAAGGUGGCGAAGAUCAUCACCCCGCAAGGCCACGUAGAGAUUAUCAACCUGAGCGACCAGGAGGAACAGGCGAUACUCGAGCGCUACUCGCAACUCACCGAACGAGGCAGUCAACGGAUCGCGGAACUGUCUCAAAUGAUUUCGCAGGUGCGCGAAGAAAAACGGCGUCUGGUCGAGGAUAGUUUGUCCUCGUUCGAACAACAGGAAUCGACCAAGUAUAUGGAUCUGCCGGCCACGAUAGGUACCGGUAGCAGAAUGGCACAAGCAGCAGCACAACCGGCACCUCCUCCACCAACGAUCUUAUCGCCACCGCAACAACCACCGACCCAACGGUCAUCAUCAUCUGCUGGUGCUGCGGCUCCCCCCGUUCAGCUUGACGAUCCCGUGAGUGAGGAAAUUGAUAACAUAAUUUCCUCGAAGCAAAUUGGACUGAGCAAGGAUAGUGGUAUCGCCAUGUCGAGACCACUGACUGCUUCUGACAUCCGCGAAAGUCCCUCGGAGGAGGGUAGCCAAGCGAAGGAACCACUGCCGGUUGAACCGUUCCUGAAAGACAUUCCAAAAGUGAUGGCCCAAUCGGUGCCGUUAGGUCUCCGUAAAGCACCACCGCCAGUUGCGAUCACACGCUACAGUCCACAGCUCGAUGAGGCACCCAUUCACGAACUGUCCACCAUUCCCGAGGUGGAAACACCGGCCGCAGCGACAUCGAAGGUGAAUCUGUCGCAACUUUCGACGGCUGGUGGAGAUAAGAUGGAACGAGCGUCGAAUGGACCAGCGGAACGCGUCUUGAUCGAAGCCCGCAAUCGACUACUAACCGAAGAAGAAGGUCCAAAUCCCGAACUGGGCUACGAACGGUUUCCGAUGUUUGAGGACUACGUUCGUCAGACGAUGCAAGGGCCAGCUAAAGGAGGCGAAGCUGGUUUGCAUCUGGAAAAAACGGUGCCCGGUAAUGAUACGACCGGAGAGCUUAAAGGACUGGGCGAUGUUUCGCGAAUGUCGGAGAAUGACGACGAAAGACGCUUACAGUAUCGCCGCUACCCUGCACCUGCUCCUGCGUUCGAUAUCACCGAGGAGCAUGCCGGUAGUUCGCAGUCGGAAGCGAACGGAAGUGAUGCGUCGCUGCCGGAUGUGGUGGCUGAACUGCGCAAGCUUAACAUCGUGAUGAAACCAUUCGAUCAUACACUGGAUGAUUCCAACCGAUCGACACCUUUCUCUGAGCAGCUUAGUGAUACUGCCGUGCCAGCGAAUGCUUCAUCAAUUAUCGCCAUUCAACGGACAGCGGUGGUAGGUACCCGUGCCCGUAGCUCGCGUCCGCAAGCUGGCCAAAUACCGACCGAACUGACGCUCGGACAGGAUCUCGAGCAUAUGGUUGGUUUGCAGUGGGCAUCAUCAAUGUUGCGGAAACAGCAGGAGCAACUUCGUAAAUGUAACGACAACUCUAGCAGUUCGUCGCUAUCACUGGUGGAGCUGCCAAGAGAUAAACAUAACGAAGAAACCGAUCAUCCGGAUCACAUAGAACAACUCGGGAGACCACUGAACCUGGCUGAAUUCAUCUCGCGUGAGCUAAUGAUACGCACACAGUCCGAGCUGCAGUCAUCGGUUUCCUCCAGUCCGGUGUCACACGGAACGUUGCUGCGAUCACUGCUCAGCAUCAGCAAUCUAACCAAUUCCAGCGAAUGCGGUGGCAGUCCCGGGCACGCGUCGAGGGAGCGAUUAUCCUACACACAAACCUCGGACCGGAAUGUGCAGCGCACGUCGACACCGGUCGCCAGCAAGUCGGCCAGCGGUAGCAGCUUACUUAUGAGGUCUGGUCUGGCGGGUGGUACCCCACGAGAUGAUAAUGUUCGGGUUGACGGUGCUGACGCUAAUGGUACCGGUGGGGGCCUUUUCUCGGGUGAAUCACGAAUCUCUUCGGUGCACGGUUGGAGCUCAUCAUCGGGUAACUCGGAGGGAAAGCUAACCGUACCGAAUGUGCGGCUUGAGCGGAGAUCAAGCAAAGAAACGGAAAACGAACAGGGUGGGUCUUAGGUUGCCUUAAAUUUGUUUGUUGGCCCCAAAAGAUGUUAAUUGUUUUGUUAGUAAAUGUUGGAAUCAACGAAGCACGCAAGGAGUAGUGUUAAAAGGUUUAUCUUCUUUGACUGAUCAAUGUUUUAAUCGAAUGCGCUCUCUAUUUAAUGCCAUAGCGAAAUGUAGAGAGUUUUGGGUAGAACUGA